AUGGACUCACAAGCAUCGGCCCUGUUCCCCAAGCUCCCCUGUCCACCCUUCCAUCAUGUCCCUGGAGUGUCAAACUUCCGUGAUAUAGGCGGUUAUCCCGUCUCUCCACCAGGCCGGGGCUCCGUUCGGCGCAGGUUCAUCUACCGCUCCGCACUGCCCACGAGAAUCACCCCGGCCGGAUGCGAGGUACUAGUCUCCGACCUCAAGAUCCGGGUCAUCUAUGACUUCCGUUCGCACCUGGAGAUUGAAAAGGAGCCCCCGAAGCCGGUCCCCGGCGCGGUCCGAUAUCAUAUACCCGUCUUUCCCACCACAGACCUCAGUCCGGAGAAGCUGGCCCAGCGGUUAGAAGCAUAUAUGUCUGAGCGGGGGCCCAGUGGCUUCGUAUACGCAUACUCGGAGAUCCUCAGAUCGGGCAACCCUGCCUACAGGACUGUGUUGGAGCACGUGAGGGACCGACCACAGGAACCGUUUCUGGUCCAUUGCACCAGUGGAAAGGACCGCACAGGCGUCUUCGUCGCGUUGCUCCUGCGACUAGCGGGCGUCAAGGACCUGAACAUGGUUGCCAACGAAUACCAGCUGACGGAAAUGGGGCUGGGAAGCCUGGUCGAGACGGUGACAGAGGGGCUGCUGAAAGACGGGAAGAUCGGCAGUGACAGGGAGGGAGUCAAGCGGCUGCUCUCGGCCAAAGCAGAGAAUCUCAAAGCAUCCAUGGAAUGGCUCGAUCAGACGUACGGCGGGGUGGAAGAAUAUCUCAAGACUGUCCUCAAGUUCAACGAUGAAGAUAUCCGGAAAAUAAAGGCCAAUCUGAUAGCGGAGGAUGAAGAGGCAAUUUUUAACAAAUGA